AUGCCGGCGGUGAUCGUCCAUGCCGCCGCAGCUGUGGAAGCUGCUGGCAAGCCUCCGGUUAUCAAGAACCUCCCAGAAGUGCGCGUGUUGGGACUGCGAGCUGUGAUCCCCAGCUACCGAGCACAAAGAACGCUCUGGGAUCAAGUUCUCGCUUUCUUCAGAGCCCAUGGCCUCGAUAUCGCUGGACCAUGUUUGACAAUCUACUACGACCAAGGCUUCAAGGAGAAAGAUGUCGACGCUGAGGUGUGUCUCCCGAUCGCCCAGGACGCCAAAGUCGAUGAAACUGCGGCGUCUGCGUCGUCCAUUUCGGUUCGCACACUGCCGGUAGUGCCACGAGCUGCGUCAAUCGUUCAUCUGGGAUCGUACGACGCACUGGCCCCUUGUUACAUGAAGCUGUACGAGUGGAUUGACAAGCAAGGUCUUCGUCCUAACGCACCCGUGCGAGAGAUUUACCUACGUAUGGACAUCCAGGACGUCAGUGAGAAAUCGUUCGUGACGGAGAUCCAGCAGCCUGUAGGCUGAGAAAAGAGCACUUCUCUUCUCCAAGGCUUAAGACCAAACGUAUAUUGAGUUAAGUAGCGAAAUGUCCUUCGA